AUGCAGGCGGCAGGCGACCUGUUUGACUGGGGCUCUUUGGAGGGCGCUGUUGCCGCGGCAGCGCAGAAGCCCAGCCCAGUAGCUCCCAAGCUGGAAGCUGCCCAGAAGCAAGUGCUUGAGACCUUGGCCUCCUUGUCUGCUUCUGCGGCCUCUCCGCCCACACAGCCUUCGCUCCAACAGCCCAAGCCGGAGGCGUACAAGGCUGGGAACUUCAAUCAGCUCCGCGUGCAGCACAUCCGCAAGCUGCAAGCUCAAAACCCUACCUUGAAGUUUAAGGAUGCUUCCAAGCAGUGGAUGCUGAGCGCCGAGCGCGCAGCACUUCUGGCAACCUUGCCAGAGGCGGAGCUGAAGAAGCGCCGCUUCAU